GAAACAGCAGUGCAGAGCAGCACAAAAAUUCAUCAUCCGCCAGUACUUGUGUGUGAUUUUCCUUUUCUCCCUUUUUUUUCCUCUUCUUCUUUUCCUGCUGAAACUAUGAAAUAUACUUUUGUCUCGGUCCCCGCUUUAGGAGAUAAGCAAAAUACGUUCCUGAAUAUCAAGGGAAAAUUGGCAGAAUAUGCCCAAACAUAUCAAUACAAUAUCCCAGAGUUCAAGAUUGGUACCUUGGACGCCUUGGUUGUCUUGUCUGACGACCUUGUCAAGCAUGAUACAGUAUUUGAGCAGUCUGUUAAUAAGCUUGCUGACACUCUCAACAAUUUAUUGAAAGGUCAACAAGCCAACCUUCAAGACCACUUGUUGGUCAAUGAUAAGCCAAUUGACCAAUACAUCUCUACUUUUACUUGGAACUCUAUGAAGUAUCGUAUAGAUAAGUCUUUACAAGAAACCACGCAGACCUUAAGUCAGGAAGUUACAGCUAUUGAUAAUGUCAUGAAGAACAAGUUGAAUUUGUAUACCCAAAAUAAGAAUGCUCUCAUGACUUUGCAGCGUAAGCAAACUGGUAAUUUGUCUGUUCGCAGUCUGAACGGCAUUGUCAAGAAGCAACAUUGCGUAUUGAAUUCUGAGUUCUUGACCACCUUGAUUGUUGCUGUACCCAAGUCACUCUAUAAGCAAUGGAACAAUAGAUACGAAACAUUAACGGACAUGGUUGUUCCUCGCUCUUCUGUUAAAAUUGAUGAAGAUGAAGAAUUUGGAUUGUUUACCGUCACUGUAUUCCAAAGAGUAGUUGAUGAAUUUUGCCACAAGGCAAGAGAAGAAAAGUUUAUUCCUCGUGAUUUUACCUAUGAUGAAGACGCAUUGCAAACUCAAAAGCGUGAGUUAGAAGAAGCUAUUGCUACCGAGCGUGAACAACAAGCUGAAUUGUUGCGCUUGGCAAAGACAAACUUUGGUGAGACAUUUGCUGCUUGGUUGCACUUGAAGGCUCUUCGUGUCUUUGUAGAGUCUGUUCUUCGCUAUGGUUUGCCUCCUGAUUUUGCUUCAGUUACUAUUUUACCAAAGCCAAAGUUUGAAAAGAAGGUAGAUGAAACACUUGUUGCUCAAUAUGGUCGUUUGGGUGGUGUCCAUGGUCAAGCCAACAAGAACGAAAGCCACGAUGAACUUUUGGAUCAUGAUUUACAAUCUGUCAAUGACAGCAGUUAUCGACCUUAUGUUCAAUUUGAACUCGAAUUCGAAUUUGAACGUAGAUAAAUCAGUGAAAUAAAAAGAAAG